AUGUGGGUGGGUGACUCUGUGAGCCUCUCUGAGGAAGAGCAGCCACUGAAGUUGGUCCAGCAGCAGACUGCCUUGCUAAUGCAGCAGGAGGAGUGGAGCCAACAGGCAGCUGUGUUACUGGUGCAGGAAAUGGCCAAGAUGGGUUCCUCAGUUCCUUGGCCACCACAAGACUUGGGUCCUAUUUCGGGUCAGGCCCCAGAGGGUCCUCAAGUUGCAACUCCUGUCAGUUCCCCAUCUUCUGGGGUACCUAUUGGAGCUCCAGCCCCCAGUCCACAGGGUCCCCCACCUCCACCAGGAGAAGAAGAAAGAGAGAUGGAUGACUCCAGCAUGGGUCCCAAGAUCCCACCAGCAUUAGAGAAGAUUCUGCAGCUGAAGGAAAUUCUCCAGGAGGGGCUGAUAUCAGUACAUGAUGAAGAGAACAUGGAGAUAGACCCAAGGACAUCCCUGGGGAUCUCCGCUUCUGAGACUGAGGAUGAUAGGGCAUCUUUCUCUAAAAAGGAAAAAAAAUGAAAGAGAGGGAACCACAAGAAAAAGAAGCUCCACGGUGGGACAGCAGGGCAUGGUGCUGCCUCUGGGAGCCUGGGGGGGCCAUGAGAAAGAGUCUCCAAGCCCUCAUGGCACAGAUUCUCAGACUGACCCAGUAGAGAUUAUGUGACUGAGGAGCCUGAAAUCUGUGAACCCAACUUUAUCUUCUUUAAGAGGAUUUUUGAAGCUUUCAAGCUGACCAAUGCUGUGAAGAAAGAGGAGCCAGGGAAACUGGACAAGAUGGAGAACUCCGCAGCCCCCAAGAAGAAGGGCUUUGAUGAGGAGCACAAAGACAGUGACAAUAAUAGCAGUGAUGUUGAGCAGAAGAAACCCAAAGCUCCCAAACUCUCUAAGAAGCAGCUCAGGAGGAUGAACCGUUUUACUGUGGCUGAGCUGAAGCAGCUGGUGGCCCGGCCAGAUGUGGUGGAAUUGCAUGAUGUGACAGCCCAGGACUCCAAGCUAUUGGUGCACCUAAAGGCCACAAGGAACUCUGUGCCAGUGCCCACGUGUUUUAAGCGCAAAUACCUUCAGGGCAAGCGAGGCAUUGAGAAGCCACCUUUUGAAUUGCCAGAUUUUAUCAAAAGAACAGGAAUUCAGGAGAUUCGAGAGGCUCUCCAGGAGAAGGAAGAACAGAGGACCAUGAAGUCAAAAAUGCGAGAGAAGGUUCAACCCAAGAUGGGGAACAUUGACAUUGACUACCAGAAACUCCAGGAUGCCUUCUUCAAGUGGCAGACCAAGCAGAAGUUGACGAUUCAUGGGGACCUUUACUAUGAAGGUAAGGAGUUUGAGACUCGAUUGAAGGAGAAGCAGCCAGGAGAUUUGUCUGAUGAGUUGAGGAUUUCUUUGGGGAUGCCAGUUGGACCAAAUGCUGACAAAGUUCCUCCCCCAUGGCUAAUGGCUAUGCAGCAAUAUGGACCUCCCCCUUCCUACCCCAACCUGAAGAUCCCAGGACUGAAUUCUCCCAUUCCCCAGAGCUGUUCCUUUGGUUACCAUACUGGGGGCUGGGGUAGACCUCCUGUGGAUGAGACUGGGAAACCACUCUAUGGAGAUGUGUUUGGAACCAACAUAGCAGAAUUUCAGACUAAAACAGAAGAAGAGAUUGACCGGACUCUUUGGAGGGAGCUGGAACCUUCUGAUGAGGAGUCCUCAGAGGAGGAAGAGGAGGAGGAGGAAGAAGAGGAAAAAAGCAGCAAAGAUAAACAGGAUGCAACAGGCUUAAUUACCCCUGCAGACAGUUGUCUCAUCACCCCUGGGGACUUCUCUUCAGUGCCAAUGGGAAUGGAGAUACCUGAACUGAUUGAACUCAGAAAAAAGAAUGAAAAGGCUAUGGAUGGCAGUGAGACACCCCAGCUGUUCACUGUGCUUCCUGAGAAGAGGACAGCCACCAUUGGUGGAGUCAUAAUGGGUUCCACCCAUGUUUAUGACUUGUCUAUGGUGAUGAGCUGGAAGGGUCCAGCCCAAGAACUGCAAGGGGUGGAUGUGGCCUUAGCCCCAGAAGACUUGGAGCUGGAUCCUAUGGUGAUGACCCAGAAAUAUGAGGAGCACAUGCUCAAACAGCAGACCCAGGUAGAGAAGGAGGACUUCAGAGACAUGGUAGCCGAGCAUGCUGCCAAGCAGAAGCAAAAGAAGUGGAAGGCUCAGCCUCGGCCCCAAGAUAGCCAAAGGUGUAGUAAGAAAUACAGAGAAUUAAAGUUUUAA